UCAUUUUUUUGCAAACAUUGCUUUUAAAUGCAUGUACAACCACCCAACUACGCGAAAAAGCUAUUAUCAGUUGACAGUUCGUGCAAUGUCGUACGGUUUUAAUAUAAGCAUGGAAGAAGAGGAUUCAAAAUUUGCACAUAAAGUGUACAAAAAUGAUCCAAUUUUAUUUACUAAUUAUGUCGGAAAAGAGGUUAAGAUAAUGAUGAAGGAUAAAAGUAGUCAUAGUGGUAUUGUUUAUACAGUUGAUCCGGUAUCAGGAAGUAUUGUGCUCUUGCAGUCUGGAAAAACCACGCAAUAUCGUUUACAAAUAAUAUUUGACCAUGCCAUCCAGAAUAUGAAAAUAACAUCAGAAGAGAAAAUAAACAUACCAGAAUUGUUUCCAUCUAUAUCUGCAAAAUUUUCACCGGCAACGAUUACUACAAGAAAAAAUAUUGUUAUGAAAUUAUUGCAAGAUAAUCGAUUUCCAGUUAAAGAAGAGGAUAAUGUCCUACAGAUUGAAGAUACUCUUUCAAUAGAGCCCCCCUAUUAUCCAGAAAAUUGUAACUGUACUAACAGUAUUAUUCUUACUAGAAUACAAAAUAUUUUAAGGCGUGUAAAUGAUGUUGAAUGACUGUGCUCAACAAAAUAUUUUAAGGCGUGUAAAUGAUGUUGAAUGGCUGUGCUCAACAAAAUACAAAUUUGUUUUACAAAAAUGACCUAUGCUAUGUUUGAUUAUACAAUCAAACUUUUAUAUAUUUUUCUUUUUAGAAUCGAGACAAUGCUAUUUUAUAUAUUUUUUAGGUUCAAUUUUAAUUGA